AUGGAAGCUUGUCUCUCUCCAGAGCAAUCCAAUGUCACUUCAUACGCUGCCACAGCUGUGGUUGUUGUCACCCUUGAGGCAUUUGCUGGCAUGUGGAUCAAUGCUUUCAUUGUUUCUGUGAUUUGUGUGGCCUGGGUCAGAAAGAAAACCUUGAACUCUAAUGAGAAGAUCUUGAUGGCUUUGGGAUGCUCCCGGUUUUGGUUUUUGUGCAUCUCAUGGGUAUAUUACUUUCUCUCACUAAUUUAUCCCAAUUAUCUUCAUGUUCACCCCAUAUUUCAACUCGUUGAGAGUGCUCAGAGCUUUCUGCAUUAUUCCAACUCUUGGGUUUCAGCCUGUCUUUGUAUUUUUUAUUGCAUAAAAAUUACCAAUUUCAGGAACAGUUUCUUCAUCUACCUGAAAGUAAAAAUUGACAGGAUGGUGCCCUGCCUCUUGUUGGGAUCAGUGCUUUUCUCCCUGGUUAUUGGAACCAUUGUCUACAAUAUUACUGAUGAAGUUUUAUGUAAAAACCUCAAUUUUACCAGUCAAGGAAGGAUCUGGAAAGCAAGUAUCAGCACAGAAGAACAUUUUUUCCCCCAUUAUUUUAUCAUUGGUUUUGGAUAUGCCAUUUCCUUCACAGCAGUCAUCUUUUCUGCCCUUCUCCUUCUCUUUUCUCUCUGGAGACACAGACGCAACAUGCAGAGAAACUCCAUGAAGGACCUCAGCAUGGAUGCCCACAUCAAAGCCAUGAAAUCCAUUCUCUCCUUCUUCAUAAUGUACAGCAUCAACUUUGUAUUUUUUAUCUUGACAUUGAUUUAUGCAAUGAAGAGCCAAAAUCACAUGGUCUUUCUUUUUUACGUAUUUCAGUAUGUUUUUCCAGGUUUUCAUUCCCUUAUUGUGAUUUUCAGCAAUCCCAAUCUGGAAAAAACACUGCUAAAGAUUCUAUCCUGUAUGAAAUGCAAGUUUCGCAUGAAGUAG